GGGAAUUCUGGGAAGUGUAGUCCAGGAGCGCCUGUUGGUCGCAGGCACUUCCGCCCCAGGAGGCCGCCGUAGCAGCCAUCUUUUCACUGAUUAAAGUCUUUCAGGUUCGCUGUCCACGACCCAUUCAAACUUCCCCUGAGAACGCACCUGAGUCCCGCAGCCACCAGCAUUUCAUUGGGGGAGAAAGAGGAAGAGCGGCUAAAAACGGAGACAACAGAACCGAGACAGAGAGAUGUUAAUCAUCAGGCCAGGAUCACACGGCUAGCCAGGAUUUCAGCCCUCGCAUAUUGACUCCAGAGCCUUCUCUUAUGGCUGUUGUCUCGAUUUAUACCCUACCCAGAGAUUCUGUUUCCCCAGAAGGAAAGAGAAUAUGAGCAUGUUCAAGGAAGCAGUGACGUUCAAGGAUGUGGCGGUGGCCUUCACGGAGGAGGAGCUGGGGCUGCUGGACUCUGCCCAGAGGAAGUUGUACCAGGACGUCAUGUUAGAAAACUUCAGGAACCUCGUCUCAGUGGGACAUGAACCCUUUAAACGAGAUAAAUGGCUCACAGAAAGAGAAGAGAGGCGGCUGUGGUUGAUGAAGACAGCACCCCAGAUAGAGAGAAAUGUGGGAGGGAACAGCCAAAGUGCGCUGAGGACUGUUCGAGGCAGAGAGCCACGUGAAGAGCUUUCCUGCUGGCAAAUCUGGCAACACAUUACAAAUGACCUAUCCAGACCUCCAGACUCCAUGAUAAAUAGUUCUCAACUUCACAAACAAGGUGAUUCUCCCUGCCAGCUUGGGACAGGACUCUCCAUUCAAAUUUCUGAAGAUGAGAACUGUAUACCAUGUUGUAAAGUGGAUGGUCCUAAUGGUACUGAAAACUCACACCUUCCAAUUUUGAGAGCCCAGGACUCGUGGAGGAAAUCUUCUCUGACUGAGUCACAGAGUUAUCGGAACAGAUCCCAGCAAGUUUCCAUGAAAAAUAAGCUGCGUCAAUGUAAACAGGAUGUUGAUGUCAUUGGUUGGAUUUCACAUCAUCUAGAUCAAGGAAUUUACAGAAGUGACCAAUCUUAUAGCAACGAUGAUAGUGAGAAAGACAGUGUGAAGAUUUCAACAUUGGACCAGAAUAGUAUGACUCACACAGGACCAAAACCUCACCGAUGUAACGAAUGUGGAAAAACCUUCAGUGAUCUCUCUACCUUUGAUCUUCAUCAGCGGUUGCACUUAAAAGCAAAGUCUCAUACCUGCAGGGAGUGUGGAAAAGGCUUCCGUUAUAGCUCAGUUCUUCGUAUUCAUCAGAGAGUUCACAUGGGGGAGAAAGGCUAUAAGCAUGGUGAGUGUGGUAAGGAACUCAGUGAGAGCUCACUUCUGCAAACCCAUCAGAAAGUCCACACUGUAGAGAAGCCAUUUAAAUGUGAGGAGUGUGGGAAAGGCUUUGGUCGUAGAUCAGCACUUACUGUUCAUUGUAAAGUCCACACAGGAGAGAAACCUUAUCAUUGUGAGGAGUGUGGAAGGGCCUUCAGUCAGGCCUCUCAUCUCCAGGACCAUCAGAGGGUCCACACUGGGGAGAAACCAUUCAGAUGUGAUGCAUGUGGCAAAAGCUUCAGUCGGAAUUCACAUCUUCAGUCCCAUCAGAGAGUCCAUACGGGAGAGAAGCCAUACAAAUGUGAGGAGUGUGGGAAGGGCUUCAUUUGUAGUUCAAAUCUAUACAUUCAUCAGAGGGUCCACACAGGAGAAAAACCCUACAAAUGCGAGGAAUGUGGUAAAGGCUUUAGUCGCCCUUCAAGUCUUCAGGCCCAUCAGGGUGUUCACACUGGAGAGAAAUCCUACAUAUGUAAUGUGUGUGGUAAAGGCUUUACCCUGAGUUCAAACCUUCAAGCCCAUCAGAGAGUCCACACAGGAGAGAAACCUUACAAAUGCGAUGAGUGUGGGAAGAGCUUCAGGAGGAACUCCCAUUAUCAAGUUCAUCUGGUAGUCCACACAGGGGAGAAACCCUAUAAAUGCGAGGUAUGCGGAAAGGGCUUCAGUCAGAGUUCGUAUCUUCAAAUCCAUCUGAAGGCGCACAGCGUAGAGAAACCUUACAAGUGUGAGGAGUGCGGACAGGGCUUCAAUCAGAGUUCCCGACUUCAGAUUCACCAGCUGAUCCAUACUGGCGAGAAACCAUACAAAUGUGACGAGUGUGGGAAGGGAUUCAGUCGUAGAGCAGAUCUCAAAAUUCAUUGCAGAAUCCACACAGGAGAGAAACCAUAUAAUUGUGAAGAGUGUGGGAAAGUAUUCAGGCAGGCCUCAAAUCUUCUGGCCCAUCAGAGAGUCCACAGUGGAGAGAAACCAUUCAAAUGUGAAGAGUGUGGGAAGAGUUUCGGUCGCAGUUCACACCUCCAAGCCCAUCAGAAAGUCCACACUGGGGAAAAGCCAUACAAAUGUGAGGAGUGUGGGAAGGGCUUCAAGUGGAGCUUGAAUCUUGACAUGCAUCAGAGGGUCCACACAGGAGAGAAACCCUACAAGUGUGGGGAGUGUGGUAAGCACUUCAGUCAGGCCUCAAGUCUUCAGCUUCAUCAGAGCGUCCACACUGGAGAGAAACCGUACAAAUGUGAUGUGUGUGGUAAGGUCUUCAGUCGCUCUUCACAGCUGCAGUCUCACCAGAGAGUUCACACAGGGGAGAAACCUUACAAGUGUGAGACAUGUGGUAAGAGCUUCAGCUGGCGAUCAAAUCUUACCAUUCAUCACAGAAUCCAUGCUGGUGAUAAGUCCUAUAAAAAUAAUAGGAGCGGGAAGAACAUCAGAGAGUCCACACAAGAAAAUGGCUGUAUAAAAUGAUUUUUUAAAAGAAAA